GUCUACAUAAUCCUUGAUGGUGAAAACAUGAAACUAGCAUCGAUACAUUGCCUGCAUAAAUAUCAGGCGCAACACAUGAAUAACAUUUAAAUUGAACAGAUGUGCGAUGAAAGAGCUUCGUAAAAAUAUUAAGAAAGUAUUUUAAUACGGUUAACAAAAAUUUAUUGAAAAAUUAUAAAGAGUUUUGCGGAAGUUGACGGCGUAUCUUGAGAAAAGUUGUAUCCCUUGGUCAACGGCAAGAACUUAGAAGAAUGCAAUCUAAUACGAUUAUUCUAACAUGUUUACUCUUGUUACCGGUAAUAUCCGGUAACACGGAAAAAAAUGAAACGACAUUUAUACCAACCCGGGAAUGGCAAAUUGUAAAAAAAGGUACACCACUACCUAGAGGGUUGCACAUACGGCACAAUGUGCAAACUGGAGUUACAGAAGCCAAAUUGUUGGAUGUUGAGGAUCUGGAUGAAGAACAUUCUACUGACAAUUUGAAUGUUACACAUUCAAUUACAGAUUCAGCCACAAAUUCUUUAACAUUACAUCCUGAAAAAGCAAUUUUUGAAGAUGAAGACACUUCUGUGACUACAGAAAAACCUGACUUGUUUGAACAUCCAAUACAGGAAUUAAAGGCUAGAUUAAAAAAGAUGAAACAAGAUAAUGCAGAGAAUAUUCCAGAAUUAGAUGACGAACAUGCUAAAGAAAUAAAAAAAAAAUUUCGCGACUAUGAGACACUGAAAAAAGAGCUUAAAGAACUUGAGAUAAAUAUUACAACCGAUUCAGAACUGUUAAAUAAUUAUAUUCAAAAGUUUCAAACUCAUAAGAAUGCAAUCACUAUGGGAACUUUAACAAUAAUAGAAGUGAAGGAAAUAUUAGAUAUUUUGCAUAACCUAGAAUAUUUACUUCAUCACAUUGAUAAUGCCAAAGUGUUUACCGAUAUGGAAGGCAUGAGUAAAAUUGUAUCUCCAUGCCUUAAUGGAACAAAUAAUGAAAUAAAAGCUGAAGCUUUAAGGCUUCUUGGUGCAGCAGUUCAGUCCAAUCCUCAAGUUCAGUUGAAAGCAUUAGAAAGUGAUCUUGUUCAGAAACUUUUAUAUAUAUUAUCUACAAAUAAUAUAGUAGAUGUGAAAUCAAGGUGUCUCUUUGCUUUGAGUGCCUUAAUAAGACAGUUCCCAGCAGCUCAAAAAAUUUGGAUUGAUCAUGGAGGAGUAGAAAUAUUUGGAAAGAUUUUGGUUGAUGAUGAGUUGCAAAUACAAAUAAAAGUCAUGAAACUAAUCAGUGACCUAAUUAUUGAAAGACAAAAUAUAGAACAAAUCACGGAUGCAAAACAAAAGCAAACAAGAAUAAAAGCAUACGCACCUGCAGAUAUAGAAAAAAAAGUGCUAAUGUACGAGUAUUGUAAACAUUUAAGUAAUCUAAUGAUAAGAAGUGUUAAAGAGGAUCUUAGUUCAUUAUUUAAUGAUGAAUUCCUUGAAACCAUUGCCGAAAGUAUGAACACUAUUACUCCGAUUUGUAUAAAUCAAUUCAGAGAAACCAAAGAUGUAUUACUUCCAAUCGUAAAGCAUUUUUCGAACUCUUACGAUAUCUUAAAUGUGCUGGUUGAAAAGCUUCAAACAGUUGAAAACACCCGUGAUGAAUUAUAAAUAGGAAAUAUGAAGUGUGUGUGAUUGAACAUUCGUGAAGAAGGAACUCUGGUAUGUUAAUUCAUGUUCUAAGUCAUUGUACGAAGUUUUACGCGUAACGAAACUCCUUUAGGCAUAGACACUUUGAUAUCGCUUGUUGAUAUUACACAAAGACUGUGAAUAACUACAUAUUCGGUAACGAAUAUGUUGCAAAUUUUAAUAAAUAAAUAUACAGUGUAUUAUACAACGAGUGUGCGUGUGUAUGUGUGAAUCAAAGAAACAAAAAAUAAUACAUAAUGUCUGUAUACAGGGUGUUCGGCCAUGGGUGAAUAUCAUUUGAGAGGAUGGCAGCUGGGCUGAUUUCGAAAAACUUUUUCCCUUACCGCAAUACUCAUUAAUAUUUAAUUUUUAAAUUAUUUUAAUGGAAAACACUGAGAAAUCAGAACGCACAUAGAACGUAGGCUAAGCUGCGCGAGUGUCGGCUACAAAACUGGUUUAGAGCGUGCUUGUUUACAAACUACUCGACAGCGAGUCGUGCUCAGUUCGUAGCCGAUAUUCCUGUGGUUAAGCACGCAUUCCAUACGCGCUGUAAUUAGUCGACGUUUUUCAUUAAUAAUUUGAAAACUAAUGUUUAACGAGUAUUUUGGUAAAAGGAAAGUUGAUCAUCUCGGUCAUCACCCUCUUAAAGGAUACUCCCCCUAACCGACAAUCCUGUAUAUGUAUAGUAUAUAAGGUACUUCAGUUACCUGUCUAAUAAAGGUAAAGAAUUGUUAUGUUUCUUAUGUUCUAAGAAGAUUGUUUAAUAAAUUAUUUUGUACUAUUCUCA